AGCCGGGACGGAAAACCUCCAAGAUUUAAUCCAACGUAGUGCAAUGAAACGAACCCUGCUGUUUGAGAUCUUUUUUCACAUUCUGUUAGAGAACAUGUAAUAAAACAGUAUUUUCAUUAUAUUACUGUAUAACAGUGUUAGCUCUGACGUGUGUUGACAGUUAUACAACCCAAAACACACAAAUAAAAGAACACCCGCUUUAAUUCAGCCGACUGUGGGCUUAUAUCUCCUCUAAAAGGAGCGUUUGUUCUCGUGUGGAGAUAAGGACAUUCACUAGGCCCGGGCGGGGAGGUGAAAGGUUCCAAAACAGCAAUGGGCGAAGUUUGUAAGUCAUGGCUUUCUGUCAUCUGGAGACUCUGCAACUUUUUCAUGUCUUUCUUCUUCGCUCUUGCAACUUAUGUCCAGAUCAAUGAUCCAGACGCAGGGGUGUGGAUGGUUGGUUAUGGAGUACCUGCAGUCCUGUGUGCAUGCAUUGGCUUUAAACCCCACGUGGCAGAGACUUUGCCCUGGAGGCGCGUUGCUGAUCUCCACGUGAUGAUCUCCAGCGCUGUUGUUGCCAUGUUGGGAUGGAGACUUUACAGAGAGCGAAUCACAGAGAUCCUCCAGCAGGAGGAGGGCAGAGAAUUUUCUGGUCUCAUGUUGACGGCUGUUUGGCUUCUCCUGUGUCGCCACUCUGGAAGGGCUCCAGUCGGGAUGCUCAGAGUCUCAACAGCUGCUGCCAUCACAGUCUUCCCCUUUGUGGCCUGGCUUUACUACUACAUCAAUAAGGAGCUGAGAUCAAACUGGCCUUCACAUUGUCAAACUGCUAUUUAGAAAUCCACUUCUUACUCUCUUUUUGGACUGAUUUAAAUAUUCCUUUUGUAUUACGUUCUUUGACUGAAAAUCCUGGACCAAGAAUGCUGCUUAAGUAAAACCUUUUUAUAGUAUCAUUAAUUACAAACGUGUCAGCUUAAUGGUGCCACUUAAAGAAGGAAUAUUAUUUUUUUUCAUCCAAUGUUUACCUACAUGUUGUGUCUUUUAAGUUCAAUUUAAUUUUGUUUGUUAUAUCAUUUUUUAUAAUUUUUAUAUGAGACUCUAUUACAACUAUGAUUUAUUUUUUUGAUCUUGGAGUGUCCAGACCUUGA